AAUAACUACCCACGUAAACAAUCAAUAUGAGUGCAACAAAUGAAUCAAGUUCCAACGAAUCAACAGCUAAAAGGAAAAAACGUGUGUGUAUUCGAGGAAAGAAAACUUUUCAAGAAAGUUGGUUACAAAAUGAAAAGUACAAGGGGUGGUUGGCGAAAUCUAAUGAUCCUCUCAAAUCCAGAUAUAUCGCUUGUGCAAAAGAAUUUAACACAGGAACUAGUGAAUUAGAUAAGCACGCAAACGGUGAAAAGCGUGGAAUAAAGCUUGAUUUAUAAAUUCCCGUUCUGUUUACGUCCCGCUGACGUCCCCGCUCUGUACCCGUCACGUAAUGUCUUUCCAAUUUAUAAAUUUACGUUACAAGUAAAAACGUUGCGUUUUGAUUGGCUACAUUUUAUUAAUAGAAUUAUUAAAGUUUAAACUUCACAUUAACAAAAAUAAGUUGUCAAAUUUUUUUUCAUAAACGAUGGAUAGUUUAGAUGUUUGUUUAACAAGUUUGGGAGUGAUUUGCCUCACAGCUGCUACCAUUUUAUUGAAAAGAAAAAGAAACCGACGCUACAAAACAAGGCUUUUACAUAGAAACAGAAAAACUAAAGGUUUUUAUAAAACAAAAUUCCUGCCUAUGAAAACCCAAGAUCCUGAACAAUUUUUUAAAUAUACUCAUAUGUCCAUUGACUUAUUCGAGUUAUUAUUGAAGAAGACAAAACCAUUUUUAAUUUAAUUUUUAAUUUUGCAUUGGCUACCGCUAGCGCAAAAGUUGGAACUUGGCCAUGUUUUGCGUAAACGGGAACGUAGCGGGAUUUUAUAAACGCCGUCAUAUAAAAUAGCAUGAUGAACUUUUGCGCUAGCGGGAACGUCAGCGUCGCGUAAACAGAACGGGAAUUUAUAAAUCAAGCUAAAAAGUUGCUGCUUUAAAGAUUACAUCAAGUUGUGCAACCUUUAAUUUAAAUAAAAGUGAUGAGCAUGAACAAUUAAUUUGCAGUGUUGAUCCACAUAUUUGUGACAAAAAAAGUUUGUGCGUUUUAGCCAAAUAUUCAAAUAUACGAAAGCGCUGAAGGGUCACACACAAAAAAUUUUUUAGACUAAAUUGCCAGUUAGUAAGUCGGAAUUGCGAGAUACUAAGUCGGAAUUGCGAGAUACUAAGUCGGAAUUGCCAGUUAGUAAGUCAGAAUUGCGAGAUACUAAGUCGGAAUUGCGAGAUACUAAGUCGGAAUUGCCAGUUAGUAAGUCAGAAUUGCCAGAUACUAAGUCGGAAUUGCCAGUUAGUAAGUCAGAAUUGCCAGAUACUAAGUCGGAAUUGCGAGAUACUAAGUCGGAAUUGCCAGUUAGUAAGUCAGAAACUCUUAAUUUGUGCUUUAUUUUUCACUUUGAAAAAUGCAAUUGCGGUGUUGCAAUUCUACUAUGAACUGAAACGGGAUAUAGUUUCGUUUCAAAGUCCACCAACAGUGCUAGAAAAUAAUAUACUACAUUCUAACAAACUUGAAACAGUUUUCGCAAAAAUGCAAAAAGUGAAAUAAACGCCUACUAGUUACCAAUCAAAAGAUCUGACGGGGCUCAGUAAAUAAAUUAGCAAUAUUGGUGUGGUCCACUGUAAUUGUAUGUUCUACAUUGAGUAGGUACCGACACCGAACCUUCGCAGAGCUUCACCAUUUUACUUACAAUUUUGUUUUCAAACGUCGAACCGUUCCAAAGUCAAACAAACAUACUGUUCUACAUUUUUGACAAGUAUUUUGUUUUACUUUUAAAUAUGGAUGAAAAUUUUGAAAACUUCUUGAAAAGCAGGGACAUCGAGGAAGAUACCAUAGAAUAUCUUCGCACAGAAAAGAUUGAUUGCAAGGUGAUAGACGUCAUGAGUGACGAAGAUUUAGCAAAAAUAUUUCCUGUGUAUGGAGACAGAAUUGCCAUAUCAAAUUAUUGCAAAAAUGCUGUGUCAUCUUGUUCAUCAAGGAAACAAAGUCUUUUAGACAGACUGCGAAAAAAAAUUAAUCAAAAACGAAAAAAGAAAAAUGUUUUGUCAAGUAGUGAUGAAGAAAAUGAAGCGUUUCCCAAAAAAUUGAAUAUGGAUAAAAAAAUGUCUGUCGCUAUGAAAAAGCAACACAACAGAUUUAUUGAAAUAGGCUGGUUGCAUAGUGAGGACAGUGGAAACAAUUUUAAACAAGUUCGUACAAGGAGUGGUGGAGGAACGAGAAAAGUAAACGUCGCUCAAAGCUUCAAAAAAGAAGAUUUGCUGAAAAUUGCGAUAGAACUUUUCUUUCCUAACGGUAUAUCUUCAAAAGGAAAAAUCUCAGAUUUUAAAACUGAUGUCUUUGAUUUUGGUGGUAAUCAACUUAACGACCACUACAAUGUUGAAGAGAUGUAUACUGUGACUGGCUUAACAAGACUGAGAAUUUAUUUGUCGACUCAGAGGAUAAUUGGGCAAGUUAAUGAAAAUAUACACGCAAUUGAGCCUAGAACAUAUCCUAAACAGAAAUGUGAAACAUUAACAAGUGGUGCAUAUGAAUAUGAAUCGUAUUGUGCAAAUAUUGCAAUAGGGAACCCUUACGAGGAGCGAUUAACAAAUGAACGUGUCAUAGAUGAAAACGAAUGUUACAACGUCGAAGAAUUUCUAGUUUUGCCAACUCCAAGUGAGAAUACUGCAUCAGAUUUUUUGUUGGCACUAGAGCUUCAGCAGGUCGAAGAUGCCAAUAACUCAAUUCUUCCCAUUGAAAAGAACAGUGUCUCAGAUGGAAGUAUUGCUAAAUUAACUUUGCAUCGUGGCCAUAUCUUUGAGGAGUUAAUUGAUAUUUAUACAUCAUUAGACAUCAGUACUCAAAUUGACAUACAAAUUGUGUUGCCGAAUGGCAACGAAGAAGCGGCUGUAGAUUUUGGUGGAGUAUUUAGGGACGCAUUGAGUGAGUUUUGGACCACAAUGUACGAAAAAUGUACACAAGGUACAACAGUGCGUAUUCCUGUUUUGAGACAUGACUUCGGAGAUAAAAAAUGGACAGCUAUUGCAAAAAUAUUUUUGAAAAGUUGGUUAACCGAAAAGUAUUUUCCGAUCAAACUUUCCACUGUAUUUAUCGAAAAUUCACUAUUUAAAAAGACCAUAACUCCUAUCGAAGACGAAUUUAUGAAAUAUGUCAGUGAGGAAGAAAAAGAAGUUUUUACUCAAGCACUGCAUAAUUUUGGUACAGUGGAUUUUGAACCACUUUUAGAUCAAUACGGAAGCAGAUGGAAACCAUCAGAAGAAAAUUUUUCUCAACUCUUAAAGGAAAUUGCCCACAAGGAGCUUUUGUUGUAAAUUGUUUUCAUUCCGUUAUUAGCAAUAAAAUAACCCAAGAACAACUUGCUGAGAUCUAUAAUAAGUCAAAACCCACUUCGAAAAACAUUCUACCUAUUUUGAAAUUUGAGGAUGUGACUUCCAUCGAAAAAGAGAAGGUGAUGGGCUAUUUGAAAAAGUAUUUUCGAGAUUCAGACGAAAACUACCGAACGUCUUUUCUACGUUUUUGUACCGGUGCGGAUAUGAUUGUGGGUCAUGAAAUCAAGGUUACCUUUUCUAAUGUAUCAGGAUUAAAGAGACUGCCAGUUGGACAUACAUGUUCUUAUACAUUAGAACUACCCUUCGACUAUCAAGACUACACAGAAUUUAGAUCCGAAUUUAAUUCCGUGUUAAGUACAAAUAUUUGGAUAAUGGACUUGAUCUAAUUAAGUACCACCUGUUAAGGAUAUGUUCCUAAAAUUAAUGUUACGUUUUUAUA